UGUAUUAAUACUUUGUGAGAUCGUUCGCCUAAAGCAGCUUUAAAUCACACCUGCUCGAGACUCAAGGAGAUUGUGAUGACACUCUGCGCCACUAGAGGGAGCGCGGUUGUUUUUCUUUAGGGUGGAGUUUAUAGGUGUAGUUACCAGGUAACUAGAAUCGAAAUUAAAAGAGGGUGAAGAGAAAAGACGCAACUUUGAGGCUUCAAACCUGUUAACAUUGGAUACUUAAACAGCCACAUAUUUUGUGGUCAGUCAAGUGCAACACUUUUUUGAGAAACACCAUUAGGAUACUAAAAUGAGUUUCCAUAAAAAGGAAAAGAAGAAGGGCACUGCCUCUAAAAUGAGUUAUUCAUCUCCUGAAUUGAGCUGCAUGUCUAUGCAGAGUGAUCAAUCCAUGAUGAAUCUACCCUCUGGAUUCAGUGAUGCAACAGUGUCUUCUGACUCCAGGAUGAAGAGACAGAGGGCAAAUUCUCUAGAACACGGUAUUGCAUUUGCGAAGAGUAGAGAUUUUUCAACAGUACUGCAGUCACACUUACUGGAGACUGGAGACCUGCAGAGAGUCAAAGCCCAGCACAAAACCAGCAUGAAGAAUAAAUAUGAGAGAUUAUUUGAGGGAAUCAAACGGCAAGGGAAUGAAACCCUGCUGAACAGGAUCUACACACAGCUCUACAUCAUAGAGGGAGAGAAAGAAGGAAUGAAUGAAGAACAUGAGGUCUUACAGAUGGAGAAAACAGCAAGAACACAACACUCACAAGACACUCCAAUCUACUGCAAUGACAUCUUUAAAGCCUCAGCUGAACCAGAAUGUGACCAAAUCAAGACUGUUCUUACUAAAGGAAUCGCUGGAAUCGGAAAAACCGUCUCUGUGCAAAAGUUCAUUCUGGACUGGACUGAGGGAAAAGCAAAUCAGGAUGUAGAUUUUAUGUUUGUGCUUCCAUUUCGAGAGCUGAACUUGAUCCGAGAUCAUCAGUACAAUCUCCACAGACUUCUGCUGGACUUUCAUCCUGAACUUCAAGAUCUGGACUCAAAGAUUUAUGAGGAGUGUAAAGUUGUGUUCAUCUUUGAUGGUAUGGAUGAAAGCAGAAUCACACAGAUGUUUUCAGAUGCCCAGAAAGUUUCUGAUGUGACUGAGAUUUCAUCUGUGGGUGUGUUGAUGUCAAACCUCAUAAAAGGAGAGCUGCUUUCCUCUGCUCUCAUCUGGAUCACCUCCAGACCAGCAGCAGUCAAUCAGAUCCCCUCCAAAUUCAUCAACCGUCUGACAGAAAUUCAGGGAUUCAAUGAGCCUCAGAAGGAGGAAUAUUUCAGGAAGAGAAUCAGUGAUGAGCAUCAAGCCAGCAGAAUCAUCUCACACAUCAAAAGAGCAAGAAGCCUCCACAUCAUGUGCCACAUACCCGUCUUCUGCUGGAUCUCAUCCACUGUGCUUCAAAAGCUUCUGAAAGAAGAUCUGAGUGCAGAAAUCCCUCAAACACUGACUGAAAUGUACAUCCACUUCCUGCUGAUUCAGAUCAACAUGAGGAAUCAGAAGUAUGAAGAGAGAGAUCCAGAGAAACCCCUGCAGUCCAACAGAGAAGUGAUUGUGAAACUUGCUGAAGUGGCUUUCAAACAGCUGAUGAAGGGCAAUGUGAUGUUCUAUGAGGAGGACCUGAGAGAGAGCGGCAUAGACGUCACUGACGCCUCAGUGUAUUCUGGGAUUUGCACUGAGAUCUUUAGGGAGGAAUCUGUGAUUCAUCAGAGGAAAGUCUACAGCUUCAUUCAUCUGAGCAUUCAGGAGUUUCUUGCUGCUUUCUAUGUGUUUUACUACCAUGUGAAUACAACUAUGGAGGAACUGAAUAAUUUUGCUUCAUUAGAAAAUCUGCUUAAAGGUGCAGUAGAUAAAGCCGUUAAGACUGAGAAUGGACAGCUGGAUCUGUUCCUGCGUUUCCUGCUGGGCAUCUCACUGGAGUCUAAUCAGAGACUCUUACAGGAUCUACUGACACACACAGAGAACAGCUUAGAAAGCGUCAGAGAAACCACACAGUACAUCAAAGCGAAGAUCAAAGAUGGACAUGGACUCUCCACUGAAAGGUCCAUCAAUCUGUUCCUCUGUCUGCUGGAAGUGAAAGAUCAGACUCUGUCCAGAGAGAUUCAGGAGUUUGUGAAAUCAGACAAACACUCAGAGGAGAAACUCUCUCCUGCUCACUGCUCAACAAUCGCCUACAUGCUUCAGAUGUCAGAGGAUGUGCUGGAUGAGCUGGACCUCAAGAAAUACAACACAUCAGAUGAGGGGAGAAGAAGACUGGUACCAGCUGUGAUCAACUGCAGGAAAGCUCUUUUUGCUGGCUGUAAUCUCACUGCUCAGGAUUGUGAAAUUGUGUCAUCAGCUCUUAAAUCCACAAACUCUGUCCUGAGAGAGCUAGACCUGAGUAACAAUGACCUACAGGAUUCAAUAGUGAAACUGCUCUCUGAUGGACUGAAGAGUGCAAACUGUCGGCUGGAGAUACUGAGGUUGUCUGGCUGUAUGGUGACAGAGGAAGGCUGUGGUUAUGUGUCUUCAGCUCUGAGUUCAAACCCCUCACACCUGAGAGAGCUGGAUCUGAGCUACAAUGAUCCAGGAGAAUCAGAAGUAAAGCUGCUCAACAACAAACUGAAGAAACUUGAUUUGGAUCAUGGAGACCCUUUUAGAAUCACACCAGGACUGAGAAAGUAUGCCUGUGAUCUCACACUGGAUCCAAACACAGCACACACUCAACUCAUCCUGUCUGAGGACAACAGAAAAGCAACAUAUGUUAAGGAGAAGCAGCCGUAUCCCAAUCAUGCAGAGAGAUUUGAUGGCUUUGAGCAGGUUCUGUGUCGAGAGAGACUGACUGGACGCUGUUACUGGGAGGUUGAAUGGACUGGAUUCAAGGCAGAUAUAGCAGUGACAUAUGAAGAAAUUAGCAGGAAAGGAGGGAAUGACACUUGGUUUGGAUGCGGUGACAAAUCCUGGAGUCUGUACUGUUCCACCGAGGGAUUCACUUCCUGGCACGAUAAUGUGAACAAAUCCGUACCUGUCCCAUCACCCUUUUCUAACAGAGUAGGAGUGUAUGUGGACGUGUCGGCCGGCACUCUGUCCUUCUACAGCGUCUCUGACACACACACACUCACACACUUACACACAUUCAACACCACAUUCACUGAACCCCUCUAUGCUGGAUUUGGGGUGUUUGAUUCCUCACUGUCUCUGUGUCAGAUUACAAAACCUGCUGUGAGAAACAACUGAGACACACAAACAGUUUUGUUAUGGAAUCUAGAUUUUAGAGCAUCUACUUGCUAAUGUACAUCUAAAUGUUGACCAAAUUUGUUAACACAAGAUGCAUUUAAAAAUAUAGGUGUGUGUGUGUGUUUUCUCUGUUUUGAUGAAGAUGACUAUUGGAAUGUCGACAUUAAAUGAAUGUUAGAGUUAGAGUAAAGCUUGAGUAUAUUCAUGAGUUUGACUUUUUUCAGGACUCAUGGGAGAGAAAGAAAUGCUGGAGGAUGAUUUUUGAUGUUUUAGAUGUCAGAAGUGAUUAUUUUAUUCCAGAAUUUAUUAGAGUGCUUUUGGACGAACAUCUUUCCCUUUGUGAUCCCAGAAGAGCUUUCCGCCCCACUGCAUGUCAUCAAACUAACAUUAUUCUGACUGUUGAACAGAAACCAUUGUUCCUGACGAGACAUGGAGUCUUGAUCAUCAUCUGCUUUUGUUUUUAAUGACUUUUAUUCCUGAUUCUGAUUGAGAGACACACCAGACGAACAUUCAUGGAAAAGCAUAUCUUAUGACAGGCUGUUACCAUAUCAGGUUUCAUCUGUUAUUGUGUGAGUCAGUGGAGACUUCAGUGAAUCAAAGGUGAUGGUCUUGUAGAAACACUCUGGCUCUUCAUUUGGUGUGAUCUUAUAAAAGCUACUGUAGAUGUCCUCACUGUUUCAGAGGAUCCACAGACUCACUUUCGUCCUGCUGGAUUGUCACAAACUGUUACUGUUUGGUCAGUGUGUUUCUCUCUGAUCAGUAUAUUAUGAAGAUAGAAUUGCCUCUUAAUUAUUUCUGUAAUCAUAACUUUAAUGAGUUAUGAUAAUGCACUAAUAUAAAAAUGCACUAAUUUAUCCAA